CCGCCUGGGUCUGCAGUUCCCCUCACCCUCCCACCGUCCCUGAUCUCCCUGCCCUUUCGGCGUUCAGCUUCUCCCGGCGCCCCUCUCCCCAGUCCGAGUCUCGUCCCCGGCUGUACCGCGCCUUGCUUUGGGGGAGCUGGUGCUUUUGCGUCGGGCUUUGGAGCUCUUUGUGGGAAGAGCCUGUGGGGCGCGCCCCUCCAAUCGGCCAGAGGCUUUUCAGAAGCCCACCUGGUUCUGCUGGGUGCAGCCCGUCCCAUUCCUCCGGAUCCCCUCUGCACAUCCCCCGGGAGUCGAGAGCAUCAAUCAGUUGGUGCCCCGGGACUCAGCCGAGGAGGGCCGCGCCCCCUGCGGCCCGCUCAGGAAUGGGGGUGUGGGGCGCAGAGGCUAUGACCCUUGACUGGAAUCCGUGAGGACCAGUCGUCCAGCAUGCUCUGCUCACCGCAUCCCGAGGGGCACUGACCAUGAGCCUCAACUCCUCCCUCGGCUACAGGAAGGAGCUGAGCAACCUCACUGCAACGGAGAGUGGUGAGGGGGGUGCCGUCUCUGAGUUCAUCGCCAUCAUCAUCAUCACGGUCCUUGUCUGCCUGGGCAACCUGGUCAUUGUCGUCACCUUGUACAAGAAAUCCUACCUUCUCACUCUUAGCAACAAGUUCGUCUUCAGCCUGACCUUGUCCAACUUCCUGUUGUCCGUGCUGGUGCUGCCGUUCGUGGUGACUAGCUCCAUCCGGAGGGAAUGGAUCUUCGGCGUGGUCUGGUGCAACUUCUCUGCCCUUCUCUACCUGCUGAUCAGCUCAGCCAGCAUGCUCACCCUUGGGGUCAUUGCCAUCGAUCGCUAUUACGCCGUCCUGUAUCCAAUGGUGUACCCCAUGAAGAUCACAGGGAACCGAGCUGUGAUGGCUCUUGUCUACAUCUGGCUUCACUCUCUCGUUGGCUGUCUGCCGCCCCUAUUUGGCUGGUCGUCGGUGGAGUUUGAUGAGUUCAAGUGGAUGUGUGUGGCCGCGUGGCACCGGGAACCUGGCUACACCAUCUUCUGGCAGAUCUGGUGUGCCCUGUUCCCCUUUCUCAUCAUGCUAGUAUGCUACGGUUUCAUCUUCCGGGUGGCCAGGGUCAAGGCCCGAAAGGUGCACUGUGGCACGGUGGUCACUGUGGAAGAGGACGCCCAGAGGAGCGGAAGAAAGAAUUCUAGUACCUCCACUUCCUCCUCCGGGAGUAGGAGGAACGCCCUUCAGGGCGUGGUCUAUUCAGCGAACCAGUGCAAAGCCCUCAUCACCAUCCUGGUGGUCAUUGGCGCCUUCAUGGUCACCUGGGGCCCCUACAUGGUUGUCAUUACUUCAGAGGCACUCUGGGGGAAGAGCUCUGUCUCCCCAACCUUGGAGACUUGGGCCACAUGGCUGUCCUUUACCAGUGCCAUCUGCCAUCCUCUGAUUUAUGGAUUCUGGAACAAGACUGUCCGGAAAGAGCUCCUGGGCAUGUGCUUUGGGGACCGCUAUUACCGGGAACCGUUUGUGCAGCGACAGAGGACCUCCAGGCUCUUCAGCAUUUCCAACAGGAUUACAGACCUGGGUCUGUCCCCCCAUCUCACGGCGCUCAUGGCAGGCGGACAGUCCCUGGGACACAGCAGCAGCACCGGUGACACAGGCUUCAGCUACUCCCAGGAUUCAGGGACAGAUGUGAUGCUCCUGGAAGACGGCACUUCUGACGACAGCCCUCCCCAGCACUGCACUUGCCCACCCAAGAGGAGGAGCUCCGUGACAUUUGAGGAUGAAGUGGAACAGAUCAAAGAGGCUGCCAAGAACUCUAUUCUUCAUGUGAAAGCUGAAGUACACAAAUCCUUGGACAGUUAUGCAGCCAGCUUGGCUAAAGCCAUUGAGGCUGAAGCCAAAAUCAACUUAUUUGGGGAGGAGGCUCUGCCAGGGGUCUUGUUCACAGCACGGACCGUCCCGGGGGCUAGCUUUGGGGGCCGUCGAGGCAGCAGGACUCUUGUGAAUCAGAGGCUGCAGCUACAGAGCAUCAAGGAAGGGAAUGUCUUAGCUGCAGAACAGAGAUGAAGGCUUCAGAGGGGACUGGGGCCGCAGCGGAGCUACUGGUGCUGGUGCCUGUGCCAAGACCCUGGAACAUGUCACCACUCAGAGAGAGCCAGACGCCGGGAAGGAAACAUCUGGUAUGCAGCCAGGAGGAUUAAAAGCACUGUCUCCGGUCUCUGACUUCAGUUGUCUGCUGUAAAGGCGCACGCGGGCUGCUUCAGGGGCCCUGGGAUGGACCGAGGCUUCCAAAGCAGCCUGUGUUAGAAGCAGCUGGAGAUGUGGCUGGGGUUUUAAGAGGACUAGAGGCAGUGGAUGUGAAAGGGAAGCCACCAUGUGGAUAUUGUCUUCACUGGUUAUCCAGCUAGUCUAGCUGCCCCUGGUCUCAAUGGGGCUUCUAGAGGCAGUCCCUACUCAGUGCACCUCCUGGGGACAGCAUAACUCACCUUAGCACUGUCAGGCCAUCUGGGGGCUCUGUGUGGUUGAUCCAGGCAGUGUGGGACUACAAGCACUAGACUAAAUGCAAAAACAGUCCAGUGAACACCCAGGAGUAGAGCACCCUAUAUAGACACCCCAUAUCUACUGACCUAGUUAGGACUUGGCCUUUGGUAGCACCUGCUGCUGGCCAAUAUAAACAACCCACAGGCCACCCAAGAUGUGGCCACCCCACCCACUUCCUUGUUGACAGAUUUAUUAUUAUUAUUAGUUGAAAAGAAGGGAUAAACCACUAUAAAAGACAAGGGCAAAUACCAGGCAUUUCAUUUCCAGAAUAAUAAAACCAAGAGCUUAAGACUGGGACUGUGAGGUCAUGCACAGCUGGGGAGAACUUGGGGGUGGGGGGAAUCCCUCACACAGAAGAUAUGGGGAAUGCUUGAGUGACUGGCAAACAUAGUUGGCCUCACUUUCCAGAGGCAACUGUGACUGUCAUUGUAAGUUUGGGGCUGGCACAAGGUAGAAAGGACACUGGACCUGAGUUCAUUCAUAGCCUGGGUGCUUGACCCAGCUUGGUCUUUGUCUGCAUGUCACCUGGGACAUCCUGUCCUGCCACUAGGCCAUUUGGAGAAAAGAAAGGUGUGAGGAGUUGGAUCAAACAAUAAUUCCAAGAUAAUUCCAGCUCUGAUCUUUGUCUCCUGAAUCUGUAAUAUAAGAGAUGGGGACAAACUGAACAUGACUGGCGGGUGACCCAGCAUCUGUGAGCACAAGAAGAGCCACCUGCAUGCUCUGGUCCUCACUUUGUGCCAUUUGGCUGUUUAGGGCAGUCCUAAAUGCCGACUACUGAGAUGUGAGGGUAUGAAGAGGGUGAGAUGGCUGGGGCAGAUGUGGGGGAGCGGGUGGGGUUUGUUGGCUUGGACUCCUUGCUCUUUGAGUUAGAACAAGUUUGGGCUUUGAGUGCUGGCUGUCGGUGGUCUGGAAGACGAUCUUUUCUGCUACUCUUAGGCCUGGGUACUUUAGAUAAGCGCUGAGCAGGGCUGUCCAUCUUGAAGAGCAGAGGAAUCUUAAGAACUUGCCAUAUCUGCCACGAGGCAGCCAUUCGAGUGGCUUACUUUCCAAGUGUUUGCUGUGGGCUGCCGGGCUCCUGGUGUGGCAGUGCCUUGCCUGUGGCUCCGGAGGCUUGGCUUGUGCCUUUGGGUGCUUGUUUUUGUCACCUGCUCCAGGUCAGCUGUGCAGGGAAUGGCAGGGAGGUCGGGCCCUACUCUCUUGGCAGCGCCAGUCUUCUGUUUCUCGACUCCUUUUCUAGUACUUAUCUGCUGUCUGGAGGGGACCCUAUUCCCAACCACCCACUAUGCACCCAAGUGGAGCAUGCCCCCUAGGUAUGGGUUGUCAGUACAAUGGAUUGGCUUAAGACUCAAAAGACUAGAGCUCCUUCCUGAUUGCCCUUGGCUAUGCCUCAUUGAAAGGAUGCUGAGGCCUCUGAACCCUGCUGGCUGACCCCAGAGCCACCAGUAUUCAAGAAGAGAUCUGACCUAGAACCCUUGAGUUUCACUCCCACCCCCUUUAAAGGGGCGAGGCCUACUCCCACCUCACCAAGCACCUGGGGAGUAACACCAGUGUUUACCACAGAGAGAGGAGAGAGAGAGAGAGAGAGAGGAGAAGGCAGGUGUCUAGAUGCUGAUGCUGUUGGGGACGCAGAGCAUCAGCACUGAUGACAGAGCUAUUCAGGGUCUGAGUAUUACAGCUAGGGUGGGGUGACCAUCUAGACUGUGUCUUAGGGGAUCUUUUUAGGAGCAAGAACCAUGGUUUUGCAUAUUCAGGGGUGCUGAUCUGCCCAAGUGAAGCUAGAGAGAAGCGAACUGGAGAGGGAGAGGUAGUUCCCUAUAGUCUCUUUUGUCCUCUCUAGAGGACACCUGCCUUUUGUGCAGAAGCCCACCAGCCCAAUUAAGCCCUGCCACAUCAUGGCAAAACCUGCUGCAAUUACUGUGUAGUGGCAGGCCCAAGGCCUUCCCAGGAGAACCAUAGGUGGAACAUUUGGCCACUUGUUUUGCUUAAAUACCUCAGUCCUCCUGAUUCUGACAGGAUCACUUAUAGGGCCGAGGCCCAUCUCUGCUGCUUCUUUACCAAGAUUUUACCCUUGUCUUGGUUCCCGUGCUGUGUUCCAGGUGCCAGCUGUGUGGUCUGCUGCAUCCAAGAAGGCACUGGGUCUGGCGCUAUAGCGUGCAUAGCUCAGCACCUUGCUUUUCCCUGGCCAGGCAACCCAAAUUGCAGUUCAAGACCUUAGACAUUAGAUGGCAGCAGUAUUGUUGUGUAGAGGAAAACAAAAAACAAAAAACCAAACCAACCCAAACCACAGUGGCUUGUUCCUCUGAGCCUUGCCGUGACUACAAGUCCCUAGCCUAGUAGCUGAUCCUUAUCUUAUAUAUGUGACCCCUGUUGGAGUUCACAGGAACUAUCUGUACUGGGCUGUGCGAUCUUAAACAAAUCACUGUUCCUGGGACAGGCAGGGGGAAGGAUUGUAAAGACCAUGGUCCAUCAGUGCUAACAUUUGUAGAUUCUCAUAUGUGUAACUGAUUGCAUCUUUCAGCCAAGAAUUAAACCACCACCACCAGGACAAACUCAGUAUUCGCAACAGAGCACUGUAGUUUGAGACUAGACAAGAGGAGGAAAAUAAUGUUGAUACAGCGAGAGAGCUUGCUGGAUCUGUUGCGAUAGAAUAGUUAGGAAUGCUUUUUCAAGUGGACAAUGUGCUCCUUAGCCUUGCUGAUUAGAGAGACAUUUCUCAAUGGAUCAGAUGAACUCAGGAAACAUGUCCAGCCUCAUUUCAUGUCUCCUGCCUGUCUGGAAGGAACGAUGAGGGUGAUGUGGCUGAACAAGAGGGGGCCAAGAACUGUGUUCCUCACUUAAAACAGCUAAAAGGCUAGUAGGUGCUAGGCACUAAUUGAAGACUUCAAAUGCACUAUCUCCCUUUGCUUCAGGCAGAUGGGAUACAGCAGGGAUGGUGGUGGUGUGUGAUGGCUGUGAGUUAAGAUUACAAGUUGCCGGCCGGGCAGUGGUGGCGCACGCCUUUAAUCCCAGCACUUGGGAGGCAGAGGCAGGUGGAUCUCUGAGUUCAAGCCCAGACUGGUCUACAAAGUGAGUUCCAGGACAGUCAGGGCUAUACAGAGAAAACACUAAGUAUUUGGGGGCAAAUUACUCAGUAUUCUCGUAUCUGUAAAAUGAAAUUUUGUAAUCUAUUUAUAUAUAGGGACACAGAAUCCAAGGAUACUGCCUGUAUAGGGGAUGCAUUGUAUACUACAGAAGUGCUCAUGGUAUAUCCAGCACAAAAUAUAGGUUCAGGGAAACUUGAGCCACUGGUCUUGCUUCUCAGUGUGACUGAUGGGGCAGACUCCUUUCUGUUUUACAGGGAUCUCUAAUUCCAAGACAUGUUAUCCAAUUCAGGAUAAGUAAGUAUGUUGAGGGCUGUUGCCUGGGGACUUAUUUGCUAUUCAGUACAAAAGGACUUAAUGGAAAUGAAGGAAUGCUGAGAAUGCUGACAAGAGCAGGCCAUAGAAGUGUGGAAAAGUUGAGUAGGAUUGGGAAUGCAAGCGGUUAGUAGGAAACAAAAAUGGGCUCAGGAAACAUGUCCAGCCUCAUUUCAUGUCUCCUGCCUGUCUGGAAGGAAUGAUGAGGGUGAUGUGGCUGUCUGGUAGGAAAGUCUUCAUUCUACAUGAAUGGCCUGAUUGCACAGAAGAGAAAAGAUCUGUAGAGUCCCAAGCGACAUCAAUUCAACGUUGACCUUCCUUAUACCCAGAAAGAACAUCCCAAUGCCAUUAGGUGCUGAGGACUGCUCUGUCCAGCAGCAAGUGUCUGGCUCCAGGUUCCCAGAGCUCUUGUCUUCCGAGCCCUGAUGGAAGAUGCAGAGGCAGAAUGGGUGUCCAUGCCAUUCCCCGGAGUGUACAGUACCAGAGGAAGCCUGGGGAGGAAGGAAGUCAGUUAUGACAUGAACCACAGGAACAUGGAUGUGACCAUCCAUAAAUGGCUACAAGGCAGGACAGGCGAGUACUGUGCUGUGGGUUGGGGAGAGAGACAAGGAGAAUCCAGGAAGGCCAUAGAAAAGCUGUGUCUCAAAAUGAGGUCAGGGCCAAGUCACUAGGUCUUGGUCAUGAGGCUGAGAGAAGAUCAAGCCUGUAGCCCAAGGAGAGUGAGGCACAGGUAGGUUAAAGGUCAUCCUUAGCAGAGUGGGCCACCUGGGCUUUAUUAGGUAAGAUGAAACAAGGAGCUCCAGACCACGCCCUCUCCCCCCGAAAAAGUCCCAAUGUCAGGUGAUCAUCUAUUGGAAAGAAUUCAAAGCACGAACGCUGAUAUGCAGAAUAUUACUACAAGCACAGUUUUGGUCAAUGUAAAUUGUGUUUAUUUAAAAAUGAAAAUUUAAAAGCAGUAUUAAUGGCUUAGGAGUCAUCAGCCACUCCAGCUUUCCUUUUGACACUAUUUGAAACACCAAAAAUCACAGAUGAGCCAGUUCUUCCCAAAGACCGUGCCAAGUGUGGUAGAAAGCCCGUAUGCCUAGGAAAGGAUCGACAUGCUUAAAAAUGUCCUGUGCUGAUGACAUAUACCUGAAGGAAGACGUGGUUAAAAACCAAACUUCAAAAAUAAAAACCCAACCUAAUCCUGAAAUAUAUUUAACUUGAAGUUUUGGAUGGUGUUCUUGAGGAUAAAGUUGUCUGGGUUAUUAUAAUAUGUAAAUCAGUAUUUAUGAAUAAGUAAAAGUGUAUUUAGACUAGUUUUGUUUACCUGAUUAAAUGUUUUUGGAAUGUG